ACCUCAUUGCAGAGCUUGCCUGCAACUAGAGAGGCUCCCCUCAUGGAGGAGCCUCUGAAGGCUCUUUUUGGGGUAACGGAAGAGAGCCUCCUGAUAUCCCUGGUUGAGGGUCACUCCAACCCCACCUCCUCCAGCUCCGCCAAGUUGAGCUGUGCUAUCGUGGGGGAGGUAGUACACCAGCUUAACUCUGGCCUCUCAGUGGCCAUUCAGGCCAGCUCGGGGAGUUGCCCCCCUAUGGACAGUCAGGACAUAGCAGCAGGCAAGAAGGUCAUUCGGGUAGCCUCGGUGCAGAUCCUGGCCGAGCUACAGAGCAAAACGUCUGAGCCAGAGUGGGUAGGGUUUAUCGAGCCCCUCAUGGACCAUGUGACCGAUGAUGUGCUGGAUGCCAUUGUCGGCACAAUGGACAAAAUGGCACAGGACUUCAACAUCCUCUUGGAUCUGGCCAAGAAGAUGACAAUCUUGGGGUCUACAUUUCUGACCAAUCUUCAAUGUGACCUUGAUGUUGAGUGUCCAUCUGGGAAAGAAGGAACCACUCACUUUCUCAAAGAGACUGGAUCCUCUACCAGUGUGGUGGCCAGAAAGCUUCAGACCCUCUCUAGCCCCGACUUUCAGUCUAAAGCCCUCAAGGCGGUGAGCACCAUCCUUACAAGGAAAGUCAGCAGCUCUUCUGGCAUGGCUCCUUCCUCUAGGCCUUCUAGUGCUGCUCCUAGCCUUACUGAAGCACCCCUGAAUACCAGCUCUACAGCCCUGACAUCUGUAACCUCCACUGCCACAGUGAUUGUUAAGGCAUUUGUGGGAGGCAUGGAAACGAUAGCAUCAUUUGAAGGCACAUGUGAAGCAGUUGAUUGGCCAGUUCCUGUAAAUGACCACAAAACAGGGUCUUCACAGAAGAUAACCUUCUCUCCAGCCCGCACACUCUACGGCCUUAUACGAGCAAAGCUGAGGGACCUUUUAACUCUAUCCGCUCGAGAAGAAGGUGUGGCUAAGGACGCUUCUCUUCAGGAGUCUUCAGACACCCUGGAAAAGGCAACUGUUUCAACUGUUGAGGUCCAGUUACCCAGCACCAAACUUAGUAGAGUUCCCAGUGAGAGCCAACCAAUACCAGCUCUCUGUCUCUCCAAUCUGGAUACCAGUACUCAAGAAGUUCUUAGCAGUGUUUUUUCCAUCUACAAGUCAGAGUUAUCAAAAGUGGAGAGUAAAUCCUUGGCCGUUGUCAGUUCAUCUGAUGACUCCCUAGAGGCUUGUUGGUUUGUUGAUGGUGUCCUAUCAGAGCUUGAUGACUAUACUAUUUCCCAGUCACCCAAUGAAGACUUGAGUGUGAGUACUCAAUGUUCUCAACUGAGCUCAGAAGAGAGUGUCAGAAUCACACAGUCCUCUACUAGUCUGAUUCAGAGCAUUAAGAAGCUCUCUAGCAAUGACUUUCAGACUCAGGCAGAAGAGGCAGUGAGUAAAGUGCUGAUGAGAUCCAGUCAUUCCUUUAUCACACAGAUCAGCCAUACUGGUCUUCAGAAAAGUCCGCAGGCUGGCUUAUCAUCUAGCUCGCCAUCAGAGAUUGCCUCCAUGUCCUCUCAAAAUACAGCCUCUGGAUUAGUGGAAACCUUUGUCAAAGGAAUGGCGACUAUUUUCCAGAAAAAUGAGUCCACUGGCACUGUGCUACUGGAAAGAAGUGGGAAAGUUUUGCAGUGCUCCCACGGGGGCUCCCAACUGGAUGAUACUGAACUGAGUGUUAAAAUAUCAGAGGAGAAGCUUUGGUCAACAGCUAAGACCAUCUGCGUCAGUAUGAAGAACACACUUAAGUGUAGUCUGGCCCAGGAGUGUGAAGGUGAACGGAAAGGCUCUGGAGCAACGAACCGCCCUUGCUGUCUCUCCAGGGCCGGUUCCCCUCUCUCCACUGGGAUUCUCUGCCUCUAACCCUGUUACUGGGGCUGAGUCACUGGCUUGCUGGUGCUCUUUCAUGCCGUCCCUAGGAGGGGUGCGUCACUUGAGUGGGUUGAUUUACUGACGUGAACUUCCUGUCUGGGUUGGCGCCCCCCCUUGGUUGUGCUGUGAUGGAGACCUUUGUGGGCUAUACUCGGCCUUGUCUCAGGAUUGUAAGUUGGUGGUUGAGGAUAUCCCUCUAGUGGUGUGUGGGCUGUGCUUUGGCAGAGUGGGUGGGGUUAUAUCCUUCCUGUUUGGCCCUGUCCGGGGGUUUCUUCGGAUGGGGCCACAGUGUCUCCUGACCGCUCCUGUCUCAGCCUCCAGUAUUUAUGCUGCAGUAGUUUAUGUGUCGGGGGGCUAGGGUCAGUUGGUUAUACCUGGAAUACUUCUCCUGUCUUAUCCAGUGUCCUGUGUGAAUUUAAGUAUGCUCUCUCUAAUUCUCUCGUUCUCUCUUUCUCUCUGAGAACCUGAGCCCUAGGACCAUACGUCAGGACUACCGGGCAUGCUGACACCUUGCUGUCCCCAGUCCGCCCGGCCUUGCUGUUAUUCCAGUUUCAACUGUUUCUGCCUGCGGUUACGAAACCCCUACCUGUCCCAGACCUGCUGUUUUCAACUCUUAAUGAUCGGCUAUGAAAAGCCAACUGAGAUUUAUUCCUGAUUAUUAUUUGACCAUGCUUGUCAUUUAUGAACAUUUUGAAAAUCUUGGCUCUCUCUAAUUUUCUCCUUCUCUCUUUCUCUCGGAGGACCUGAGCCCUAGGACCAUACGUCGGGACUACCGGCCGUGGUGACUCCUUGCUGCCCCCAGUCCGCCUGGCCUUGCUGCUAUUCCAGUUUCAACUCUUCUGCCUGCAGUUAUGGAACCCCUACCUGUCCCAGACCUGCUGUUUUCAACUCUUAAUGAUCGGCUAUGAAAAGCCAACUGAAAUUUAUUCCUGAUUAUUAUUUGACCAUGCUUGUCAUUUAUGAACAUUUUGAAAAUCUUGGCUCUCUCUAAUUUUCUCCUUCUCUCUUUCUUUCUCUCGGAGGACCUGGGCCCUAGGACCAUGCAUCGGGACUGCCGCCCGUGGUGACUCCUUGCUGUCCCCAGUCCGCCUGGCCUUGCUGCUAUUCCAGUUUCAGCUGUUCUGCCUGCGGUUAUGGAACCGCCACCUGUCCCAGACCUGUUGUUUUUCAACUCUUAAUGAUCAGCUAUGAAAAGCCAACUGAAAAUUAUUCAUGAUUAUUAUUUGACCAUGCUUGUCACUUAUGAACAUUUUUGAACAUCUUGGCAUAGUUCUGUUAUAAUCUCCACCCGGCACAGCCAGAAGAGGACUGGCCACCCCUCAUAGCCUGGUUCCUCUCUAGGUUUCUUCCUAGGUUUUGGCCUUUCUAGGGAGUUUUUCCUAGCCACCGUGCUUCUACACCUGCAUUCUAGCUGUUUGGGGUUUUAGGCUGGGUUUCUGUACAGCACUUCGAGAUAUUAUCUGAUGUACGAAGGGCUAUAUAAAAUAAAAUUGAUUGAUUGAUUGACUUAAGGUUUUCUUCACAGGGCUGAAGCCAUCCGGAUCCGAAAGGACAGAAAAUGCUUCUUCCAAAGAGACCCUUGGGGAAAUCCUGGUUGCUAUCCAGAGUGAAAUCUCAAACUUAGGGCGAAUGAAGGAUUCCAGGGAGCUCCUUCAGAUCAACGAUAUGGUAGGAACUAUGCUGAAGGAGGUUGAGAAAAGUGAGGAUGACAGUGAAGAAGUCUGCCAAGACAUCCCUAGAACCUGUUCAUCUUUGUCCACUUCUUUAAAGGGUCGUAGUUCCUUGUCCAGCUCUUCAAAGGGUCCUAGGUCAGAGUGUGAGUUAGAGAUCAACCUCCCUGGAACUCCCAUCCCUGACAAAGUGCCUUUUGAUCUGACCUGCCCCAUAGUCAGGAGCUCCUGCAUUGACAUCAGGGACUCUAAAAUGCCAGAGAUUUCUACAGGUGACCUAAAGACAAAGAUGAUGGCGCACACAGAUGAACCCCUGCACCGUAACAGUCCAAUGACUGACAGCAGCCGACCACCGAGUGCUAAAGCCUCUUUUCGAUCAUCCACUCCGUCUUUCACCAGCAAGGGAACCUCUUUGGUACCAAAGGGAGAUGGGAUUGACAUUGAAGAGAAGGAGGUGUGCAUCCCCAGCAGCUCUGGCCAUCUGAGGGAGCUCUUAAUCACCCCGGACAUCAGCAGUGCCACUGCAUUCCUACUGCAGUACUUGAUGGACUCCAGCAAAGAUGAUGUCAUGUGUUUGGUCACCAUACUGGUGAUACGGUUGCUAUCGAAGAUCAGACCCUCAGCCCUAGAUGGACCCUCCCAACAGGCAGCAGACAUGACAGAAACAUCUCAGCAACUCAUCAGACAAGUCCUGUCUGAGUUCUGUGCUGCAUCCAGAUUCUCCAGGACACAGGCAUAUUCCCAGAACCUGCACAUCCACAGGGUGUUCAGAGGUGUACAUAAAAACCUCAUGGAGGAGUUUGGCUCUUAUAACACCCUGCAAGCAGCUAUUUCCUCCCAGGACCCUGCAUUUGACAGAGUCCUGGUAAAGUCCUUGACCCAGCAGCUGGUACAGGGAUGCAAGGAGGCGUCAAGACCAGCUUCUGCUGCAACAAACCCAUCAGACCAGGCUGAGACAGAGAGGGGGGGCUGAGCAGAAAGCAAGAAGGAGCUUCCUUUGCUUUUCAAUGACCAAACUCAGGAUCAACUUCAAGCGUUCCAAGAGAGGAAACAAAAAGGACUGCCAUUCAGUCCAGGAACAGACUGAGAUUCCCUCUACUGAUGGACAUUGCAUAGCUCCAGUUGGAGAGGUUUCUCCCUCCAUAUCUCAGCCUAUCAAAAAACGAUCCUUCAUUGUCAGGGUCUUUUCAGCAAUGAUGAAGCCAUUCAGGUGCUUCACCAAGAAGAACCUGUAACCUGUUACGCUGCAUGAACAACUACUUUUGGAACAGCAAGACUUUUGACAAGAGGAAUUUCUGCAUGUUUACCCUUUCAAAGUCUAUUUGAUCAAAUAAAUGCAAAUUAUUUUACAA